GGAGAAAUGCAGAGUGGGUGAUGAGUCGUUUUUGCAGCCUUUGAAUUUGAUGAAGAUUAAUAAAAUUUGAACGUGGGAAAAGAGAAGAUGAUGAUGAUGAAGAAGAAUGUGGGAGGCAACUUCAGAAGCUGUUAGAGGGGCGAAAAAGAAAGGAAAGAAGAAGUCGAAUUUCGGAGGUUGUUUUCCGUGUUUCUGAAGAUGGAUCUUAGAUUUCUUGGGCUUUUACUGGCUGUUCUGCUCGGGUUGUCCACUGGCAAGGCGGCCUCAGAGGACUCUGUCGCCCUCCAGGCUAUGAAGGCUUAUUUGAACAACACGCCGCCUAACUGGGUAGGUUCUGAUCCCUGCAGUGACAAAUGGGACGGCAUCAUCUGCACCAAUUCACGGGUUACUUCGAUAACACUGUCGAGCAUGGGGUUGUCAGGGCAGCUAACUGGAGACAUCGGAACAUUAUCUGAGCUGCGCACUCUGGAUUUAUCGUACAACAAGGGCCUUACGGGAUCUCUUCCAGAUGCUAUCGGGAAUCUGAAGAAGCUAACGAACUUAAUCCUAGUUGGCUGUGGAUUUACCGGUAUCAUUCCAGACACGAUCGGAUCUCUCCAAGAGCUCGUCUUUCUAUCUCUCAACUCUAAUAGCUUUAGUGGCCCAAUUCCCCCGUCAAUUGGUAACCUUACGAAGCUCUAUUGGCUGGAUCUUGCUGAUAAUCAGCUUACUGGAACUAUUCCCGUGUCCAAUGGAAGUACAUCGGGUCUCGAUAUGCUACUUCAUACAAAGCACUUUCACUUUGGGCAAAAUCAGCUCUCUGGUACGAUUCCUCCAGAAAUUUUCAGCUCCGGGAUGAAACUGAUCCAUGUACUUUUUGACAACAACCAGCUCACAGGAAGCCUCCCUUCCACCCUCGGGCUUGUGCAACCCCUGGAAGUCGUACGCUUCGACCGGAAUUCAUUGAGCGGUCCUCUCCCUCAAAAUCUCAACAACCUCACAAAAGUUCAAGAGCUUCUCCUAUCCAAAAACAAGUUCACUGGUCCUUUGCCGAACCUCACUGGAUUGAACUCCCUCAGCUACCUGGAUAUGAGCAACAACAGUUUCGAUGCACUGGACUUCCCUGAUUGGAUCACAACCUUGCAGUCUUUGACAACCUUAAUGAUGGAACAAACACAAAUUCAAGGAUCCGUUCCCUCUUCCCUCUUUAGCCUUGCCAACUUACAGACUGUAAUAUUAAGAAACAAUGCGCUAAACGGCACCUUGAACAUUGGCUCCACCUUUAGCAGUCAACUGCAGCUCGUUGAUUUGCAGACCAACUUUAUCGAUUCAUAUACGCAGAAUUCCGGGGGUUACAGCAAUGAGCUAAUACUUGUCGGAAACCCAAUUUGCCAGCAAUCAGGAGUGGCAGCAGCAAGUUUCUGCACGAUCUUACAGUCCAAUUCUUCCUCAUACUCGACCCCCCCUAACAACUGCAAUCCCAUGGACUGCAGCAUUGUGAAUCAGACAUCAAGCCCCAACUGUAAAUGCAGCUUUCCCUACACAGGAACAAUAGUGUUCAGGGCUGCUUCCUUCUCGAGCUUGGGAAACUCGACUCACUAUACUUCCCUUGUGAGCUCUAUGAUGUCUGCCUUUCAGUCCUACCAGCUUCCAGUGGAUUCAAUCGCACUGAGUAAUCCCCACAAGGAUUCGUUGGGCUACCUCAAAAUGAGCCUCGAGAUAUUUCCCUUGGAGGGAGAUAGUUUUAACCGGACCGGAGUUUACAGUAUCGGGUUCGUGCUUAGUAACCAGACUUACAAGCCUCCUUCAGGGUUUGGCCCAUUCUUUUUUAUGGCUGACCAGUACGAGCGAUUCUCUGCACAAGUGCCCCAGGAACCUAAGAAGUCGUCAUCCUCGGCGAGUACUGGGGUUAUUGUUGGAGCGACAGUUGGUGGUCUCGUUCUUCUGCUGCUGUUAGGCCUCGCAGGAAUAUACGCAUUUCGUCAGAAGAAAAUAGCCAAGAAGGCAACAGAAACGAGCAAUCUUUUCGGGGCCUGGGACUCGACUAAGAGCAGUGGUAGCGCUCCACAGCUAAAAGGCGCGAGAUGGUUUUCCUUCGAAGAUCUUAAAAAAUGCACCAACAAUUUCUCAGAAUCCAAUGAUAUCGGGUCCGGGGGAUACGGAAAGGUCUACAGAGGUACCCUUCCAACAGGGCAGUUAGUGGCCAUAAAACGAGCAACGCAGGGAUCGAUGCAAGGCGGGGUCGAGUUCAAGAACGAGAUUGAGCUCCUAUCAAGAGUCCAUCACAAGAAUCUUGUCGGUCUCGUAGGUUUCUGCUUCGAGCAAGGUGAACAGAUACUGGUCUACGAGUUUAUACCGAAUGGCACCGUCAAAGAAAGCCUCUCAGGUAAGUCAGGAAUCAGGUUGGAUUGGAUAAGAAGGCUGCGAGUAGCCCUCGGGGCAGCUCGAGGCAUACAAUACCUUCACGAGCUUGCCAAUCCUCCGAUUAUCCAUCGAGACAUCAAAUCCAACAACAUCCUAUUAGAUGAACGGUUAAAUGCAAAAGUUGGCGAUUUCGGUCUCUGCAAACUCAUGGGAACCGACGAGAAAGGCCAUGUCACCACUCAAGUGAAGGGAACAAUGGGCUACUUGGAUCCCGAAUACUACAUGACACAGCAACUGACCGAGAAGAGUGAUGUCUACAGCUUCGGGGUCUUCUGCCUCGAGCUGAUCACUGCAAGGAGGCCAAUAGAGCGAGGCAAGUACAUCGUGAGGGAGUUUAGAACAGCAAUGGAUAGGACUAAGGAAAUGUAUGGCCUUCGCGGGAUCCUCGACCCAGCCCUUGUCUCCUUGGCCAUUCCACUGAGGGGCAUCGAAAAGUUUGUGGAAAUGGCCAUGAGUUGUGUGGCAGAGUUGGGAUCUGACCGACCAACGAUGGGAGAGGUGGUUAAGGAGAUUGAAAACCUGAUGCAGUCCGCAGGUAUGAACCCCAAUGCUGAGUCGGCCUCCACAUCAGCGAGCUACGGAGAUGACAGCAGGGGGAAUUUACGACACCCUUAUAUGGACGAUUUAAGCUUCGAUUACAGCGGAGUUUUCCCGCCAUCCAGGGUCGAACCUCUGUGAGUUAUCCAGCCUAAACCUGCAAAUUACAGCAUAAUGUAUUGUCGAGAUAUCUUAGCUGUCCUCUACUCGUUCCCUAGUCAUGUCUAUAAGGACCGUAAUGUGUUUCCCAACAGAUUUGCGAUGGUUUGCUUGUAUAAUAUUACAUAGCUUGUGGAUUUUAAAUGUUCGAAGAGGUGUUACGUUUUCUUGUAUAAUUUCCGUCGCAGUGACAUGUUUUAGGGAUCUGUAUACAGGCAUGUAGUCCUACUGCACCUUUGUACGCAAAACAGUUUUUUAUCC